GAUUGCCAUAGUUUUAGAAAUAUUUUCGUUAGAGGAGUGUUUUUAAUUUUUAUUUAUUUAUUUUUAAAACUAGUGUAUUUGUGCAAUAAGCCCCACUUCUUUUCUUCAUUUGUAGAAGCUACUCUCUUUAAACGAAUCAAGCCAUUGAAUCAACAUCGGCUCAGUUCUCCAUCCCCAUAUUCGUCCUUUCACUUCUAACUCCAGCUUCCAUGGCUCCCGCUGCUCCAAGAUCUGGAGAUGCAAUAUUCGCUAACGUUGAGCGCGUGAAUGCGGAACUGUUCACACUAACCUAUGGUGCGAUCGUGCGUCAACUGCUUACGGAUCUGGAGGAGGUUGAAGAAGUCAACAAACAGCUCGAUCAAAUGGGUUAUAAUAUUGGAAUUCGAUUGAUUGAUGAGUUUCUAGCAAAAUCUAACGUCUCCAGAUGCGUCGACUUCAAGGAGACAGCUGAAGCAAUUGCAAAGGUUGGUUUCAAAAUGUUCUUGGGGGUCACUGCAUCAGUGACCAAUUGGGAUGCUGAUGGUACAAGUUGCAGUCUUGUUUUGGAGGAUAAUCCACUGGUAGAUUUUGUUGAGCUUCCUGAUACUUGUCAAGGUCUGUACUACUGCAACAUCUUGAGUGGAGUUGUUAGAGGAGCUCUAGAAAUGGUGUCAAUGAAGACUGAAGUCACAUGGAUCCGUGAUAUGCUUCGAGGGGAUGAUGCUUAUGAGUUGCAGGUAAAACUUCUGAAGCAAGUUCCAGAAGAAUACCCUUACAAAGAUGACGAGUAAGAAGCUAGCUAGCUUUCCUUGAUGUUGAUGAGUACAUGCAGUGAGAUGUUUUAUUAUUGUCUUCUAACACAAAUGAUUCCUCUUUACAGUUUGAAAGAUUUUUGUUUCAUAUAAACUGAUCCAAUUUUAGAAGGGUUAGUGAUUGAUCGAA